GCGGCAACGGGUAGGAGGUGCCCGUCCGUCAUUCGCAGAGCAACGUAGAGAGUUGAACCUUGCUCGUGGUGGUGGAGGAGGCUUCGUGGUCCCGUGAGCGCUAAGUGAUAAUUGCCAAUCAGGUGAUAACCGACCGGUGGGGGUUGUGUGUAGGUCUCCAUUUGACGAAGGCGGUUUAAAUCCGUUGGGAAGGGGCUAAGGCGAGCCGGGCGAAGACGAGGCCAAGUCUACGGUACAGCCAAGGAGCGGGUGUCGCCAUAACCCAACUGAGAGCGAUGGCGCCAGGGAGGGUGGCGCUGGUGGUGGCGGUGGCGGUGUGCUGCGUGGCGCUGUGCCGCGCAGCCGAGGACGACAAGGAGAAGGAGAACAUGGGCACGGUGAUCGGCAUCGACCUGGGCACCACCUACUCGUGCGUGGGCGUCUUCAAGAACGGCCGCGUGGAGAUAAUCGCCAACGACCAGGGGAACCGCAUCACGCCGUCGUACGUCGCCUUCACGGCCGAGGGGGAGCGUCUCAUCGGCGACGCCGCCAAGAACCAGCUGACCUCCAACCCCGAGAACACCGUGUUCGACGCCAAGCGGCUCAUUGGGCGCUCGUGGACGGACCCCACCGUGCAGCACGACAUCAAGUUCUGGCCCUUCACGGUUCUGGAGAAGAAGGGGAAACCCCACAUCCAGGUUGAGGUGAUAGCCGGCGAGUCCAAGACCUUCGCCCCGGAGGAGAUCUCGGCCAUGGUGCUCACCAAGAUGAAGGAGACGGCCGAGGCCUACCUGGGCAAGAAGGUGACCCACGCGGUGGUGACCGUGCCCGCCUACUUCAACGACGCCCAGCGACAGGCCACCAAGGAUGCUGGCACCAUCGCCGGCCUCAACGUGCUGCGCAUCAUCAAUGAGCCGACUGCGGCGGCCAUCGCCUACGGGCUGGACAAGAAGGAGGGCGAGAAGAACAUCCUGGUGUUCGACCUGGGUGGGGGCACCUUUGACGUGUCGCUGCUCACCAUCGACCACGGCGUGUUUGAGGUGGUGGCCACCAACGGAGACACCCAUCUUGGUGGCGAGGACUUUGACCAGCGCGUGAUGGAGCACUUCAUCAAGCUGUACAAGAAGAAGACUGGCAAGGAUGUGCGCAAGGACCACCGGGCAGUGCAGAAGCUCCGCCGCGAGGUGGAGAAGGCAAAGCGCACGCUCUCCACGCAGCACCAGGCGCGCAUCGACAUCGAGUCCUUCUACGACGGUGACGACUUCUCCGAGACGCUCACGCGCGCAAAGUUCGAGGAGCUCAACAUGGACCUGUUCCGCUCGACGAUGAAGCCGGUGCAGAAGGUGAUGGAGGACUCGGACCUGAAGAAGACCGACAUCGACGAGAUCGUGCUGGUGGGCGGCUCGACGCGCAUCCCCAAGAUCCAGCAGCUGGUGAAGGAGCUGUUCAACGGCAAGGAGCCCUCGCGCGGCAUCAACCCUGACGAGGCGGUGGCCUACGGCGCCGCCGUGCAGGCUGGCGUGCUGUCCGGGGAGGACAACACCGGCGACCUGGUGCUGCUGGACGUGUGUCCCCUGACCCUGGGCAUCGAGACGGUGGGUGGCGUCAUGACCAAGCUGAUCCCCCGCAACACCGUGGUGCCCACCAAGAAGUCGCAGAUCUUCUCGACGGCCGCCGACAACCAGCCCACCGUCACCAUCCAGGUGUUUGAGGGCGAGCGCCCCAUGACCAAGGACAACCACCUGCUGGGCAAGUUCGACCUGACGGGUAUCCCGCCAGCCCCGCGCGGGGUCCCCCAGAUCGAGGUGACCUUCGAGAUCGACGUCAACGGCAUCCUUCGCGUGUCCGCCGAGGACAAGGGCACGGGCAACAAGAACAAGAUCACCAUCACCAACGACCAGAACCGCCUGACGCCCGAGGAGAUUGAGAGGAUGGUGUCGGACGCGGAGCGCUUUGCCGACGACGACAAGCGAGUAAAGGAGCGUGUGGAGGCGCGCAACGAGCUGGAGAGCUACGCCUACUCGCUCAAAAACCAGAUCGGCGACAAGGAGAAGCUGGGCGGCAAGCUGUCGGACGAGGACCGCGAGACCGUCGAGAAGGCCGUGGAGGACAAGAUCGCCUGGCUCGAGGGCCACCAGGAGGCUGACACGGACGACUUCAAGGCGCAGAAGAAGGAGCUGGAGGAGGUGGUGCAGCCCAUCGUGAGCAAGCUGUACGGCGGAGCGGGGGCCGGUCCCGGUGGGGAGGACGAGGGGGGAGAGGAAGGGGGGGACAAGGACGAGCUGUGAGGCGGUGAUGGCGGGAGGCGGAGUAGGAACGACAUCCCCGGCGAUCGCCACCACCUCUCCGUCGGCCAACCACGACCUCUCUGGACUCUGUAAAGUUUACGCUGUGUUUGUUGCCUUUUUUUUUUGUCGUUCAAUGAUUUUGAGCUGGAGAGAGACUGUGCCCCCCCCACACCCCUACAUUGGUUUGGGUUCAUCGGAUAUUUAAACCCUGCCUGUGUUGGGCCCAUAGCACUUGCGGUGGGGUGGACCCCCUAGAGCUGCUUGUGGUGGGCUCAAAUCUGCAUGUGGUGUGGGUCAUGCCACCCAGGAGACGGUGGUGGUGCCAGUGCCGGCUUUGCCCCCUUCUUCCCCCACCUCUUUCCCUUGUUCAGCCGGGGAUUCGUCAAACGCGAGUUUGUCGGAGCAGCACCGCCGUAUGGUCACCAAGCGGCCCGGCCUCUCCCGGUGUGCUCCAAGGUGCCCAGGAUAGAGAGGGGUGGGGGGGGGCUAUGGUGGGGUUGCGUUAUUGAGAGGAUUCCUCGGUUUAAGUUAUUGCAGCAGCGACGGCGACCGUUCAGACCGAUGCAGUGGGGGACUCGACGGCAAAACCGAGAAUAAACGGAAACGCGAGAGGCCCGCGUGUGACCCGUGUUUUUUUACAAGCGCCCGGUCUGCCUUCGGUGCAAUUCUGAUGCUCCACACUGCAACAACCCCGAUUCUAAAAUCUUUAUUUAGACUGCAUUAGUGAAUCCGAUGAGUUGCCAAUGAAGCUAGUUUUUUUUUUUUCAAACGGUGAGUUACAACGGCAAGCAAUGCAAAAAACCCGAUGGGUGUACAAAAUAGAGAAGAUGGUCGGAAAGUUGCGACGAAGACAAUUCGUUGUAUACAUUCUGUUCUAUAACGUGGCAGUAGUGGCAUUCCUGCAGAACACCGCGUUAUGGCAUAAUUGCGUAACAAAUAACAUAGAGCAAAGCAGUCUGCGAUAGCACAUGAUGUGUAAUGCAGGCCGGACAAACACCGAGGGUGCUGUGGGGUGGAUCCAGCAGCAUCCCAGUGUCUGACGUUACACCGAGGCAGCUGUAUUACAACCACUUAGUCCUACCCGUGCGACGUAUUUCUUGUCGCUCUAUUGUGUUUAUAUAGCCAAUUUGCGUUUAUUAAAACACGCGAUUAUAGAACGGACUCGGAUGCAUCAAGAUUGCACAAGGCAACGACAAGGCAGUCCCAGACCCCACCAAGCGCAACUGGGUCCCGUGUUGAACGUAUGGAGUGACGCUUCACAUUUGGGGGUCAAGCCGCUCGUGCUUGCGUCUCCUACGCAGUGUGCGCGACGAUCCUUGGGCAUGCUUGUGCUGUGUGUAACGGCCUCGUCUACGCUACAACGCGGGGCUGGUGAGGAAUCCUUGAGCGUCGCCUCUGCAAACGCAUUUGUCCUGUCACGCACAUGGCCUGGUAUCCCGCUAUACUGUAAAUCGGCUGUGAUCCAUCCACUGCUGGAUGAAGGGCCCCCACCCCAAGCUCUCACCACCUCUCGCAAUCCCACGAUUUGUAAAAAAAUAAUCCACCCGACCAGCUGCUCUGUGCACACGAGCAGAUUUUUAACACGGCUCCAUCUCCCUUACCUAUAUGACGAGUGAACACUGGGCUGUUGCCUGUACUGAAUAAGAGUAACCAGCCAAACAUUUUAGUGGUGUAAUAACCCAGCCACUUGGCCUCCCAGGCUGGUGUGCUGUUUUUGGCAAGGCCUUCUGCACGCAAACACCGCUCUGGUGAUGUGGGCAAGGCAGUUUGGGGACACUGCAGUUGCCAGCCUGCAGACAUUGCGACGGGCCGUCUUAUACUUACGAGGAUAUUUGUUCAGGAGAGGGUUUUUGGGGUUGAACGAAAAAUGUAUAAUUGGGGGGGGGUACUGGAGACGUGGGGAAGUAACGGUGACUGACCGGCGAGUGUGUCGGGGUGAAGUGUUGGAAUAAUUUUACUUUGGGUUUCCCCACGUGCUUUUUACCGUUUGUAAAAAAACACAUUGCAGCAGUUGCGGCGCGGUUUAAUUUGUGAAGAUUAGAACGCAGGCGUGUGUUUUAACUUUGCGUGUCACCACUAACAAUUGCACACAUUUUCUGUCUCUGCUGUUGGGCGGAAGAAGAGCGUUUUGGUCCAUUUUCCCACGGUGCCCCCCACACUCCCUUCCUCCCCCUGAGGUCUGGGCCCAGCCGCUUUUCCAUGGCCAGGCCCCACCGGGUUACCCCACGAGAUUUCUCCAAUUAUACCGGUUGGCCGUGGAAAUCAAUUCCGGUGCCACCCACGCCUCGCUUCCCCCGGAGUCUUGCUCCGUUCUGGCUCAAGCGUCUGCUCCUGGCCCCACGGGCUCCUGGUGCCACCACCCCCUGUGCCCCUCCACCCCCCUCGCCUGGGGGAGGGGGGUGGGGGGGGGGUUAUUUAUGCUCUGCGCUACCGCUUGGAAUUCUCCCCUGCCGCCUUUGUUUUCCCUCUACUGCCUCAUUUUUGCGAGGUCCACACGCGCCCCCCCGCCCCCCCCCACUACUGAUCUGCGUGCGCCCUCUGCCGUCGGCCGAGUGCGUUCUGUCAAACCCCGGAAUUGUCAAAAGUAAAGUUUUUACAGAAAUCGC